GGCGGAAGUGGUUACGCUGCUGUUUGGUCACUGAGGGUUUGCCACGAAUUGGAGGACAAUUCAACACAACAUAUAACAUAUAUUCAUAUAUAUAUAUAUAUUCAUAUGCGCUUGAAUCAGCACCGUUUACAAUAUGCUAAACACGCGGUAAACACACCCUCGCAGCAGCACAUUGCAAAUAUAAACGCGAUACUGCUUUUAUUCGGGCGUGGAUUCAUAUGAUUUAUUCAUUGGAAUACUUUGAUAUUUUCUAGCUAUUAAAACAACAUUGGCGUUAUUAAUUUGCAUUCAUAGUUAAAUUUUAAGACCCAGCGUUGUCCUGUAAACUCUAAAGCUAAUAAGAUAAGGGAAGUACCAAACGAUUUUCCUAUAUGGAAGCAUUCGCUCUAUAAUCUGUUUUUUUUACAAUGUUUACUGACGAGACUCUGGAGGCGGUGGGAGCGGAAUCACUUUGGAGGAGGUCGCGGCUGCUGCAGCAGGAGUCGAAAACCUGCCAAACUGCAGAAUUCAAAACUGCCGAGGUGGAGGUUCAGGCGCGCCACUCUUCAGAUAAUGCUGCGCAGACCGAAGCGGACCAACACCGAACGCAGCUCUUUGACCUGGAGCGGGAGUCUCACAUGCAUUACCCUGGCCUGGGAGAUUUUUUACACAGCGUGGAGGACACGGUCGUUAAGGAGUUAAAAAAGAAUGCGAAAAGCCAUGCUUUUGAAGGGUUUGAGGUGAACUGGGAGGACCAGAAUGAAACAGUGUCAUGCUUACACGCUCUGCAGUACUCAGAAGCUCAGGAGAGAGAACUCCAGGUUACCAGCCUGUCCUGGAACACCACAGGGUCUGUGGUUGCGUGUGCAUACGGCAGGCUGGACGAUGGUGACUGGAGCACGGAAAAAUCCUUCGUGUGCACCUGGAACCUGGACAGGAGGGGGUUAAAUCCGAAGCGUCCCGACCUGGUUAUAGACGUACCCACUUCUGUGAUGUGUCUGUCCUUCCAUCCAUCCAAGCCUUCUCUUAUUGCUGGUGGCCUUUACAGUGGGGAGGUGCUGGUUUGGGACACCAGUCGAACCCAGGACCCUCUGUGUGCAAGGACAGCGAUGUCAGACGAGACUCACAGGGAACCAGUCUACCAGGUGCACUGGGUGCCAGGAGCCAGGAGAGGGGACGGGUUCAGUGUACUGAGCGCCGGGGCGGAUGGGAGGAUCCUGGUGUGGCAGCUGGACAGCGAGGGGCAGCUCACGCUGAGUGACGGCUUCGCACUGGUCACACAGCAGAUUCCACGCAAUGUCCAACUGAGCAAGGCCCGUGGGGACUGCCUGCUUGGCGUCACCGCCCUGUCUCUGUGCCCCUGGGACUGGAACGUGUUCCUGGUGGGGGUGGAGGGUGGGCUGGUGCUGAAGUGCUCGUUCUCCACGCGCACCCCCGCCGCGGUGAGCUCUCCGAGCAGCGGCCUGGCCCUGAGGGCCCCGGCUCAGUUCACCUUCUCCAGCCACGCCGGCCCCAUCCACGCCAUCCACUGCUCUCCGUUCCACAGGAACCUGUUUCUAAGUGCUGGGAUGGAUGGCCACGCCCACCUCCGCUCUCUGCUCCAGGCCACGCCCCUCCUCUCUCUCCGCCUCUCGGACUCUUACCUCUUCAGUGUGCGCUGGUCUCCCACGCGACCGCUUGUCUUCGCUGCAUCCACAGGGCAAGGGUCACUAGUGAUUUUUGAUCUGGGACGAGGUUCUCUAAGACCUGCUGCCACCAUUGAACAGGACACGGGAGGGAAGCCUGUUUACUGCCUGGAGUUCAACCCCAAACAGCCCCACCUGCUGGCUGCUGGCAGCGCCGAUGGGACGGUCAAGAUCUGGCAGCUGAGUGCGGAGCUGAUAGAGCAGGGACAGAGAGAGGCUGCACAGCUGGAACAGCUGGCCACCGAGGCGAUGCAAUGAGCCGACCCAGCUUCAGGAUGUGGUAUGUGUGUAUACACCAACCUCCAGCACAUUGUACAUGUAUACAGUGAAGAGAUUUUUAAUACACAUUUAAUAACUUCUUAUUGGUUUCUUAUUCAUGCCUGUGUAUAUUUGUAUUAUACAGAGCCAUCCGAGUCUAUGUAACCCUUGCAAUAUCUAAAAUGACUCUACAAUGGAUACUAAAUAAAGAUUUAUUCAGUGCA